UCCGCUACGUAUUAUUCGCUACUCCCACUAUCGUUAUUUAAAACCUGGGUCCACCAGUUUGAUAAUCAAGUAUUGUUAAUAAGGGUAUUACUACAUGCCCACAUUUGGGUUAAUCAUCUCUUGAAACCUAUUUUCAUAAAUUUUGCUAUUUCCAAGUACAAGGUAGCCGGGAAAGGAAGGGAAUAGCACAACAAUACAAGUGAUCAGUCAUGUGACCGUUACCCUGUACGGUAAUUAACCGCUAAUAACUGCCACUUCAAAUUCAAAUCAACAACGAAUCAAACCUUAUAAAUAACACAACCCAAAAUCAAAAAAUGUUCCACCAAUCUUCAUAUUCUACAACGCAAUGGAACAAACCAGAGGAGAAGAAAUCGGAAUCAAAAUCUACAACGCCACCCCUCCAAACGAAGAAAUCCCCACCACCACCGCGGCCUCUGCGGCCGCAGACGGCGGCCGUAAACGCCGCGCCGUCAUGGCGAAGGGCGUCCAAAAGACCCUCUCCAAGACCUCACUCCUCGCCAACUUCCUCCCCACCGGCACCCUCCUCACCUUCGAGACCCUCGUCCCCACCGUCUACCGUGGCGGCGGCACCUGCACCCACGUCACCACCCUCAUGAUCGCCGCCCUGCUCUCCCUGUGCGCGCUCUCCUGCUUCUUCUUCCACUUCACGGACAGCUUCCGCGGGCCAGAUGGGCGGGUCUACUACGGGUUCGUCACACCCAACGGGCUGGCCGUGUUCAAGCCCGGUAUCGAAGUGCAAGUUCCUAAAGAGGAAAGGUACAGGCUUGGGCUUUCGGAUUUCGUCCAUGCCUGUAUGUCGGCCCUGGUGUUCCUGGCCAUAGCGUUUUCGGACCGCCGGGUCACGGGCUGUUUGUUCCCGGGUCAUGAGAAGGAGAUGGAUGAGGUUAUGGAAGGGUUUCCUUUGAUGGUAGGGAUUGUUUGUAGUGGUUUGUUUCUUGUGUUUCCUAAUACUAGGUAUGGUAUUGGGUGCAUGGCUACGUGAUACUCCACGGUUCCAAAUAAAUAUCCAGUCUGCAAAUCUAGCCUCUAAAAAGAUGUGUAUUUUUUGUUAAAAAUUCACACUUUUUUCACAACUUAAUGAAACUCAUUGAUAUCCAUUGAUUUGUGGAAAAAAUUUAAAUUUUUAACGAAAAAAUAUAUCUUUUUAGAUGCCUAGGUGUGCGGUUCGGACAUUUAUUUAGGGAUGGAGGGAAUAAUUGUGUUGGUUUAUUUUCGUCGUAACUACAAUGUUAUAAUAGUUCAACUUUAAUGCGGUGUGAGUCAUAUUCAAAAUGAAUCUGGCCUGCAUACGAGUUUUUUUUUUA